AUGCUUUUAAAUAUAUACAGAAACUUUAUCAUUUCUUCUUAUGGGUUUUGUCUUCCUUGUUUACAUCCAUUUCAAGAUUGUUUAAAAUUAGAAGUGAUAUGA